GUAUAAGCAAACAUUGAACCUGUUUUUCCUCUCUCUCUCUCCUUCCUCAUAAUUUAAAUCCUAUUUUUAGAACUCCUUUUGUUCUCUCUCUCUCACAUGAACUCCUUCAAACAGCUUCUUCAAAACUCUUUCCAUCUAAAACAACCCAACACAAAAGCGCUUCCCUUUUCAUCUCCCACCUCUCACCCCCUUUCUUUUGAUUCUUCCUCCUCACCACUUUCCUACUGCUUUCAUUUUAUUCCCUCCCCCCCAUUACCGAUCCUCUGCACCUAACUUUAUUCCCUUAUUCUCGAAUCCUUUAUUUAUUACCUUAAGGAUUUGGCUUGGCUUUGGAUCAGUCAUUAGCAUGGGGUUCUCCGGGAAAGCACUGCAACUGCAGGCUGAUGGAGGCUUGGAAUCGGACGGGAAAAAAUGGGUCAUUGCUGGAAUCCCCUUACGGGCUCCGUUGAAGCCGAUAUAUACCAACCCCGUGGAGGCGUGGGCGGGUAGUGACGGCAGCGAAGAGUGUUCGACGACGCCGACUGGGGAGGAAGCUAGGAUUCCGACCAGGUUGACGUGCCCGCCAGCUCCGAGGAAGCGAAAGCCUUCUUUGAAGUGUAACUACGGCGGUGUCAGGGAGUUCUUCACGCCUCCGGACUUGGAGAGUGUGUUUAUACAGAGGGCUAGCUAGCUUGAUAGUUUGAUUGUGGGAUUGGGGAGAGUUUUAACUUGUUUUUAGUCAACCAAAUUGUGCUAUUCUCCUUCGUGUCUUCUGUUUCUCUCUCUCUCGUUGUAUUCUCUGACUAUGUUAGGCUUCUUUUAGUGGAUUAAUUAGGUCUUUCAUGUACAGGGUCGAUCUCACAAAUAAAUGA